GUCCCGCCGGGAGAAGAGAACCGACGCAUCGGCGGCGGCGGCGUCAGCCAAAGGAACCGGGUAGCCUGCCAGACCGCGCUCCGACUGCGGUGCGGAGGGACCUGUGUGCGCCGCGCUCCCCUUGUUCCGGAUACACACUUCGCCGCGGUGCGCGCUUCUCUCUGCUCCGUGCUCGUUCGUGUGUGUGUGGCGGUGCGUGCCGUCGCCGUUGUGCGAGCGUGUUUGGGCCGAACGAGCUCGAGUGCCUUCGCGCCCGGCGCCGCCGGCGGCGUCCGACGACGACAAACGCCUCUUCGGAAACUGGAUAUCCCGAGUAGCGCGCCGCGACCAGAUAGAUCCUUGAGUGCCGCCCGGGGAUCGCACUGCUUGUGUGUGUGUGCUUGCGUGCGCGAGUGCCUGGGUGCCCCUCCGGCUGGAAGCAGCUCCGAGUGGAUGCGCGCCUGGAAACUUGGCGCUUUCUGAGUGACCCAGCGACCCAUUGCUGAGGUGUGCAUGCGGUGGUUAGUGCGGACCCGCGUUGCCGGACUGAGGAUGUGCAGUGCGAGGCUCACGCUGGGAUAAUCUUUCUGUAGGUUCAGCGAGCGUGGUACAGGCGAGGCGUCGGCAGCAUAGCUCGUCGUCCUCGUCGCCGUCGGCUCGACACCUUGUGACUUUGGUGUUCCGGCUCUCGGAGCCAGAAUUCUACCGUAAGCCAGUGAUGUGAACGCGUCGAGAGAACCCCGUGGCCCACUGCUACGCAAGUAUCCGACGCUGCCAAAGUCGGACCGGGGAUUCACGAUUCUACCAGUGUCCCCAGCGUUGCCGUAGUGACUCGUCUCCAUCGAGCAAUACCGUCAUGUGAGAAGAGCCCGUCGCCACUUCCCGUCCGGGGCUACGCACAAAAACCGCAACCACGGCGGGCUUUCGAUUCACCAUGGAGCUCUUCCCGGUGCUCUGGCUGGCCGUAUCGGCCACGGCUCCCGUGUUGAUAGUGCUGUGCCUAUGGGUGGCCUACGUGUUCCACACGUACCGCCGCAAGUGGAGGACCGUCGACCUGUUCCUGCUGUCCGUCUGCUGCCAGGACCUGGUCACAGCGCUCUUCUGCUUCGGCUUCUCGGUGCUGCGACUCCUUGGACCCAAGAUGGCCGCCGCCCCGUGCGGGUUCGUGCUGUGGGGACUGGCGGCGAGCCGCACCUUCCAGCUCACGACGCUAGCAUCCGCGGUGGGAGACCGGCUGCUGACGAUCCGCUGGCCGUACCGGUACCGCUUCAGCGUGCGUCGCAACCAGAUCCGGUACCACGUGGCCGUGCUCGCCGUCAUCGGCGUCCUGAUCGGCGUUGCGUCCGCGUUCGCCCGUUCCUCGGAGUCCAUGCUGGAGUGCUCGUUGCACCCGCAGCUCUGGGACAGCCGGUACACGCUGUUCGUGCUCGUCCUCUACGGGAUGCUCAUGGCGUGCAGCAUCGGCAUGAGCGUCGCCAUGGAAGUGCAGCGAUGGCAGCUGGGCCGCAAGGCACGCCUCCAGCAGCUGCGCACCGCGACGCCGGAGUACGGAACGACCAGCACCGGGAGCAGCGUCAGCUCGUCCAGUUCGAAGCCCCUGCACGUGCUUGGAAGACAGACGUCCAGGAGGCCGUACAGCCCGCAGGUUCUAUGCGAGGCCGGAGUGUCCGAGUAUCGCUGGACGGUCGUCGCCGUGGUUACGUUGCUGUCCUUCGCCGUCAACCAUCUGCCCUUCCUG